UUAAAGUCUAAUAAUUACGGUAAAUAAAGAAAGCGACGAACUUCCUCUCAUCCUCCCCUUUAUUUGACAUCUAACCAAUAAGCGCUGUCGUUUCGCUAACGUGACCAAUCAACGCGCUUACUUUAAAGAGGCGGGGCGAUUCUUUUCUUCGUCCGCAGUGACCUCCGUUCCUUUAAACCUUUUAAUUCAUUGGCCGACCGUAAUUUUUCUGAUAGCAGCAUAGAUGCGGCUUCUGUCGUCUCUGGCCAUAACCGCAGUUUUCUGAAAAUAAAAUGGCCUUAUUAACGACUCUGUUCGCUUUUCUGUAUCAUUUGCCGCAGGUGUACAAAUGGCUACUAAAACCGUACUACAUUGCCUCGUUAUUUAUGUGUCUCGCGUUCCUGUUUAUUCGCAAGACGCCUGGGAUAUGUGAACAUCUCUCGACGCAACGGGAGGAUGGAAAUUCAUGCGAAUUUGAUUGGAGAGAGGUAGAGAUCUUGAUGUUCCUGAGUGCUAUAGUCAUGAUGAAGAACAGAAGAGCGAUAACUAUUGAGCAGCACUUGGGGAACAUCAUUCUCUUUAGUAAAGUGGCCAAUGUGAUUCUGUUCUUCAGACUGGACAUACGUUUGGGGCUUCUCUACUUGACCCUGUGCAUUGUUUUUCUGAUGAUCUGCAAACCUCCACUUUACAUGGGCCCUGAGUACAUCAAAUACUUCAAUGAUAAAACCAUAGACGAGGAGUUGGAAAAGGACCACAGAGUGACUUGGAUUGUGGAGUUUUUUGCUAACUGGUCUCCAGAGUGUCAGUCUUUCGCCUCAGUCUAUGCUGAUCUGUCCUUGAAGUACAACUGCGCAGGACUAAAAUUUGGCAAAGUGGACAUUGGACGUUACAGUGAAGUUUCUAAGAAGUAUAAAGUGAGCACAUCACCCCUCUCAAAGCAACUGCCCUCUCUGGUGCUCUUCCAGGGGGGAAAGGAGGUUAUGAGGCGCCCUCAGGUUGACAAGAAGGGAAGGGCAGUGACUUGGACCUUCACAGAGGAAAACAUUAUCCGGGAGUUUAACCUCAAUGAGCUGUAUCAGAAGUCAAAGAAGCUUGAUAAGACCAAAGGAGAGAAGAAUGAAAGGCCCAGUGAAUCACAAUUUGCCCCAGUGCCUGAAGAGGAGGAACCUGAGGCUGAGACCAUCAGCGCAAUGGACACCGAGAGCAAGAAGGACAAAUAGAAUGUGCACGCUAUUGAAGAGCUCUGGGACAUAAUGGGAUGGGACUCUAUUUUGCUAAUGAUUGAUUGAUUGUUUUUUGUUUUGUUUGUUUAACAUAUGACUUAAUUUAAUUACAAAAUCAGUCUAAUAAUAUAGUAAAUCUUAGUUUUUAUUUAUUUCAUAAUUAUAUAUACAGUGGGCACAGUAUGCUCGUAUCCAAAUAACCAUCAUACGGGACUUAAACUGGUUACUGAUGAUUCUGUCUGUCAGCUGUGUUGGUAUUUUAAUCACAUUAAAUACAAUUAAUAAUUAGAUGCCUCUUACCUCUAAUAUGGUUUAUAAUUGUGAAGUAAACUUUUUAUUAAAUUGUUAUUUUGUGUUGCAAAUGCAUCACUACUGGGGUACAAACCAAGUCUUUCCUACUGUACUUUUAAUUCCUUUUUCCACCCAAGUCACUCCUAGUUGUCUUCUAAUUUCCAAGACAUACUGUAUCUUGGCUUGUAUUAUGGUACUGAAUAUACACUGUUUAAAGGGACAGUUUUCCAGUGGAUGCCAAAAUGAAAAGCUUUCACAGUAUUCAUAUUUUUUUAUAUUGACACUGCAAAAAGUGUUCAGCUUUUAACCUUUGACCUGUAGACCCAUUUACACAUUUCUUUUUAGACUGAAUACUGCUGUAAAAGUCUUAAAUAUUUGUUUUGUAUACAGUUUUUUUUUACUUGAAUUUCCUUUGUGCUGAAUGAUAAAUGCCUUUUUAACAUUUCAUUUUUAUUUGAAACUGACAGGCACAGAAGAAAGCUGCAGGCAGACUUAAUAUUUUAACCUUAUUGAUCCAUUGCUGUCGCUGUGGGAAGCUAUUAUUGUCAAUGUAAAUGAAAUGUCAAAGCAGAAUAUUGUCACUAAGUUCCCUUAAAAAAAAAGAACAAUAUUGUUUUUGUGCCCUGUGAAGUAAACAAGUCUUGAUUUUCA